GCAUGCAUUAACCUCUCAUCCACUCCUUCAUAAAACAAACUCAACAAAUUACUUCCUAGCAUGAAACCAACACCACCAUUUUCUCCUUCAUACAUUCAAACCAAAAUUCAUUGUAACAUAACACUUUAGAAAAAAAAAAUUUAAGACAUUCUUUAACAUCACAUUAGAUUGAAAGUUCAAUAUCCAAAUUAUUUAAUCCUUUGUUUUUUAUUUUAUAUAAAAAACAGAGGUGUGGAACUAAAAGAAGGUCUAAUUAGCAAUGGUUAGGGCUUUUAGUCACCAAAUCAGCAUGCAAAAAUCGAAGUCUUUUCAUUUUAGGAGAAUGUUUGAGAUCCCUGGGAAACAUAUUCAAGGUUUAUUUGAUAGGGAUCAUGAUGAAGGAGGUGAUCAUAGUGAUAAUAAAGUUUAUUCAAAAAGCUUUGAAUCAAGAUGUACAAGUGAUCAAACAUCGGAAAUUCAACCAAUAGGUCAUUCUCUUAAUAAUGAUCUUAUUCAACUACCAAAUUUGGGUGGUGAGAUAGCUAGAAUGCCUCCUAAGCCACCAACAGAAUCUGAAAUGAUGAAGGAAAGGUUUGCUAAGCUGCUUUUAGGAGAAGACAUGUCAGGUGCAGGAAAUGGUGUUUCUUCAGCAUUGGCUUUGUCAAAUGCCAUAACAAACCUAGCUGCAUCUGUUUUUGGAGAACAAUCAAAGUUGGAACCAAUGUCUCAAGAAAGAAAAACUAGGUGGAGAAAAGAAAUUGAGUGGCUUCUAUCUGUGACUGAUCACAUUGUUGAAUUUGCUCCAUCACAACAAAUAGCUAAGGAUGGAUCAACCAUGGAGAUCAUGACCACUCGACAACGAAGCGAUCUUCUCAUGAACAUUCCGGCAUUGCGCAAACUCGAUGCAAUGCUCAUUGACAUUUUGGAAAACUUUAGAGAUCAAAAUGAAUUUUGGUAUGUGUCUAAAAAUGAUGAGGAAGCUGAAGGAAACACUAUCACUCAAAGAAAGAGUGAUAAAUGGUGGCUACCAAUUGUUAAAGUUCCACCAACAGGGUUAUCAGAUGUAGCUAUGAAAGGGAUACAAUUCCAAAAUGAGAAUGUUAACCAAGUACUUAAAGCAGCCAUGGCUAUAAAUGCUCAAGUACUAUCAGAAAUGGAGAUUCCUGAAAACUACAUUGAGUCUCUCCCUAAGAAUGGUAGAGAAAGCCUUGGUGAAUCAGUUUAUAAGUGCAUUACUGUGGAGUACUUUGAUCCUGGACAAUUCCUCUCAACAAUGGACAUGUCCACAGAACAUAAGGUACUUGACCUCAAGAAUAGGAUUGAAGCAUCCAUAGUGAUAUGGAAAAGGAAGAUGAACAAAGAUGGAAAGUCUUCAUGGAGUACCUCAAUAAGCAUGGAGAAGAGAGAACUCUUUGAAGAGAGAGCUGAGACAAUAUUGUUGAUGAUCAAACAGAAGUUCCCUGGACUUCCACAAUCUUCACUUGAUAUCAGCAAAAUCCAAUACAACAAGGAUGUAGGACAAGCCAUUCUAGAGAGCUAUUCAAGAGUUAUAGAAAGCUUGGCUUACACAGUUUUAUCAAGGAUUGAAGAUGUGUUAUAUGUAGAUUCAAUGACAAAGAAUCCGUCAUUGGCAGUACCUAGCAGAAGAUUUUCAUUGGAUUCAUUGCAAGCGGCUGAUCAAACAUCUCCAAGCUCUGAGGAAUGGAUAGGAGGAAGCAUGAAUUCAUCAGAGACACCACCAGCAAUGACUCUCUCAGAUUUCAUGGGAUGGAAUCCAAUACAAUGUGGAGGUGAAUUGAAGAAGACUAACUCAACAGGUGACUUAGAAGAUUUGAGAGACAAAGAUGAAAAGGCUUUGACUAAAUCUCCUAGAUCUGGAACACCAAAGAAAAAUUUCUACUUGGACAAGCUUGAGUACUUGAAUGCUAUAAGAAGUCCGAUUGGGCGACAUUAAUCUCGGUAUCGAAAAAGAGAAGGUUUGAACCAUGGUUUUAAAUUUUGAAGUCUCUGCAAUGGCAUAACAAUUGCAGUUUAAGCUGUAUCAGCUGCAUUCUCCUGUAUUAGCCUGCAAUAUAAAGAUUUGCAGCUUAAUCGCAACCGCAAUUUAAAGCCAUGAUUUGAACACAGAUUAAAAGUGUAAUGCAGUUGUAAACACAAAGAUUGAGGCCUUGGUUAUGCAAUAGAAGCAUAGGGUCUCAUGAGCUUGUACAUUAUGUAAGUCAGACUCUUAGGUUAUGUAAUUUAUGUACUUGUUGUAAAUUCUUUUAUUUCUUCA